AUGCUCACCAAAAUGAAUAAAACUAUAAAAAAAAAACAUAAAACUAAAGAAAUGAAAAAUCAACUGAGCGCUUUAUACGAAACAACAAGCAAAGCAAUCAAAAGAGAUUACGAAAACUAUAGAAACCAAAUAAAAGAGGACAACCUACAAAAAUAUAGAAGAUCCAGAAGAGCAGACAAGCAACUGACAACACAUAAAAACUGGAUCCUAAAUUUAAAAAGAAACACUAUUGAGACCAAAUCUAGAGAUGGUGUAAUGAAUUGUGCUACCGAAUUUUACAAAACACUGUAUGAAAAGAAAACUGACACCUCUCCGGGCUUCAACUACUACUUGUUCUCACAAGCAGCGUGA